UGGUCAAGAGAGCGGUUCCAAGAAGGGGAUGAUUUUAAUUGCAAUUUGUCUAUUGUUGCUGCUUGGUGCACUUGUGUACUUCGUCGUGUUCGCUGGCUCUUCCGGCGAGCCCGAAGGAGCCAGUGCUGGAGGCGGUGGUGGGGACGAAGAUAAAAGUGCCUCUUACUCAACUUCGGGUGGUGGUACACGGCCUUCAUCGAGUUCCAAAACGACUCCUGCAGGCGGAGGGACUAAAGUAACAAAAGAUUCAAAAGACGGAAAAACUAAGGCAGGUUCGGACUCAAGUGGGAAGCGAGGACACGAUACGACCAGUUCUAAAGUGCCAAAGUCGCCGCCGACCCGUUCUAAAGUGCCAAAGUUGCCGCCGCCCAAGCCGAAGCCAACUACGCCUACAACCACCACUACUUCGACAUUGCCACCAAAGAUAUUUACCUGCACGUACGCCGAACUGGGUGUGCUGAACAUCAUGGUGCCCCCGGACGGCGUUUGCGACAUAAUAUUCUACUCGGACGUCUACUACGACGAGUACACCAAGAGCAUAUUGCCCCAGUAUUCACUCACGGCUUACGAAGUGAUCUUGAACAAGACCAAGAAGUACAAAUCUACCCAGUUCGGUACUUCCAUGGCAACGGGGAACAUCAACCAAUCCAUCGUAUAUGACAAGGCUAAUGUGGUUAAGGCCCUAGAGGCUCUUUUCCAGAAGGGCCUGGUGCAUUUUGGUAUGCUAAACGUCUACAACUUACAGGACUACGAUGCCCUGAAGUACGGCGACUUCAAAUACUUGACCCUUGUAGCAGAGUUCCUGCACAAAAAGCAAGGGGACAAGACUAGGUACUUCUGUGCCUUGGGAGCCGGGAUCAACGACACAAGAGCGCCUACCACUUACCGCUACUUGGUCAAAAAAGCUGUCACGGAUUUCCCUGGAAUAACAAUGAUGGUCAUGAGGGUGCACGCUGAGGUGAUAACAACUGUCGAAGAGCGGUACACUGUCGGGCCCAACCCGGACAGCCUGAUAUUGACCAAGUACAACACGCUCACGCUGAAAAGGAUAGCUAAGGGACUGCGGAGCCGUCUCGAAAGGAUGAUGUUGGGACGACAAUUCUACGUUUUGCUGUCGUUUGGGAUGUACGCACGGGCCUUCACCAUGUCACCCAAAUGGACAAGGGAAGAAGAGCGGACGUUAGCGUGGAACACGACGAUCAUGGAUUAUCGCCUGGCGUGUUUGAUGGGACAUCCAAAGCGCGACCACGUCGACACCGGCUCAAGCUACUCGGCAGACGUUGCUAACCACUUCCUCGCGAUCUUCGACACUACCCAGGAUUGCGAAACCAAGAUAACGGAGCGUAUGGCCCGGUAUCUACCGAAGCAACGAACAGGCAUAAUGGCGUAUCACGUUGAGUUGGACGACUUCAAUAACGUGUGCAAAGAGGGCGCCUUCGCCCGCACCAAGAAGAUCAGGGACAAGGUGUAUACCACUAAACCACGCCUCAAGCGAGCAUGACCUCCGUUUGAAGGACGUGGACUGGCCAGGUGCUCCGUUCCGAAAGAAACCCCUGCACUCAUGGCCGGUGGCUCCACGAAAUACGACGCUGGGGACGUUCUUGCGCGUGGCAAAAUAAACUGCCCAUGUUCGGAACGGUUU